CAGGAAUCGAAGAGAUACCAGCCUCUACCUCAAGUGUUAUUAAAAUUCCCUUUCCAGUACAAAAUCGCUACAUUUAUAUGUGGUUCAGUUUUUCUCUUGAUAACGUCACAGAAACGUUCAUUCCUUCACUGUCCAUCUGUGAGGUAGAAAUUAACGGAUGCCCUAAAAAUCAGUAUGGUAGUCCAUGUAGACCCUGCGCAGAAAACUGUGAUCAGUGUAACCCUCUCAAUGGAUCUUGUUUAUGCAAAGAUGGGUAUACUGGUGAAAAUUGCACAGAAGAGUGUUCGAAUAAUACAUAUGGUGCAAGCUGUAUGUAUAGUUGUGGACAUUGCUUUGAUGAUGCUUGUGAUCACGUGACUGGGAACUGUUCACUCGGUUGUACUACAGGCUGGACAUCAACAAACUGCAAUCAAGCUUGCAAUAUCAGUUGGUAUGGACGUGAUUGUUCACAGAGAUGUAGCAGUCACUGUAUAACACCGUAUCUUUGCGACAGAUUUAAUGGAACUUGUCUGGGAGGAUGUGCCCAAGGAUGGAUAAAUGAUACUUGUGAUAAAGUCGACACGGAUUAUUGUAUUGAUUGGGCGCCAUCUGAUGUAUCUGUUUCAUACCAUAACAUGACAUGGAAGAGAGAAAAAUUUAAUAACAUUAUCAGAUAUGACCCCGCUGUGACAUUUCUCUGCAACUUCAGUUUAAAAUCAGAUGAAGAUUUAUUAUAUGACGUCAUAUGGUAUAUUGAUGGACAGGAAGUUGUCAAUCAAACAGUUGACAAAUCCAGUAAUUAUACAACAGUAAUAACAGCCUAUGAUAUUUUGAAAAUUGGGAAAAAGAUUGGGUCUGAAGUAUGGUGUAAAGUUGGUGCAAAACGAAAAGAAGAAAGCAUUUCCUGUAUUUACAAAGUUGGAAAUCCAUUUUUUGCUGGAAUUAAGAUACUGAAUCCACAAAUUGAAUUAGAAAGGAAAGGAUCAAAGAAUGUCCAAUUAGAAAUGACGAUACCAUUUGCCUCAGAAUCGCUUUUUAUCAAUGGUAUUCCUCAACCAGUUAGCGACCUGAACAUUCAUAUGACCUUUAAAACAGACGAUUCCUCUACAUGUGGUGGCGGGGGCUCGUCCAAUCAGUGCGAGGUUAAAGUUAAAAGCUUUAACUACAAUGAAAAACACAAGUAUGAAAACGGGGAAUGGACGCAGAAUAUUUCAUUUCCGGUUUAUAGCCAAGACACGGAUGGUUACGUCAUCAACAGUCAGAUGACCUUAAGAUUAAAGACGGGAGGAACUAACGGUGUUGGAAGUAAAAUAUUCGAGCAUGUGUCUUUGCCCGACAUUUCGAUAAGUGUUCGAGAAGGAAAUGAAAACUGGAAAGGAAGAUCGUGUGGUGUAAGAGCAGAUCCUCACAUGUAUACUUUUGACGGAAAAUCAUACGAAUGUCAGAUACCGGGGGAAUAUAUAAAUUAUCGAAAUCAACCUCAACUUCAAUGGAUUCUCUCUAAACACCACCUAUGUAUCCCUUCAUACGAUGGUCCCUGGUGCGUCUGCGCAGUCGUAGCCAGAGCAGGGAGAGAUGUCUUCGUCAUAGAUUUAUGUGGAGAAAAUAACUUCAUCAGCUAUGAGUUGUGUGAGGACAAUGUUCUAAAGGUCACGAAAAUUCACGACAAGUAUUACAAGAUAUAUUUCCCCACUGGUACGUCACUUGCCAUCUAUAUUAUGGAGUGGAGUGGACAUUAUAACAUCGAUCUGGAGAUCCUUCCCUCUGCGAUGGAUAUAGGAAAUACUGACGGUUUAUGUGGUUACUUUGAUGGAGUUAGGGAAAACGACUUCAGAAGGCGAAACAGUACGAUUACAGACGACAUCGGUCAGAUUUAUCCUAAUGACUUCUCUAAGUCAUGGAUGAUUCCGGACAACGAAAAUCUCUUCAGUGGUAACUCCUCAGUUUAUAGCAGUUUGCAAUCAGUGUCCUCCAUUCUAGUUCCUCACUGCGCAUGCACGGAAGACGGUAGAACCCUGUGUUCCUACAAUACGUUUACACCCUGCAACUCAAACAGAGGCAAACAGUAUGAAUGUAACGUAGAUCUUGUACAGAACAGAAGACGAAAACGGGAUGUUUCCGAUAUGUCCAUGGAAAGGGGUCAUUUAUUAAGAAAGAAACGUUCGAUUUCCUACGUACAGACCACUGAAUACUCGGAGAGAGUUUGUCUCCAGGCUUUUGAAAAUUCACCCGAAUACAACACCUGUCAACAACAUGUGACUGACCUAAGUAAUGUAACCUUGUCCAACUGCAUCGAAGACAUAAAAUUGACUGGCGAUGAUAACCUAACGCACAUUCACGUCGAAGCCGCCCUACAGCAAUGUUCAACAUUUGUGCUUUUGAAUGCCACACUGCAAGAAUCAGAACCGGAAGUAACGUAUACAAUACAAAACCUAUGUCCCAAUAAUUGUUCCGGACAUGGCACGUGUGAUGGUGGUAACUGUACCUGUGACACUGGUUUUGGAGGGAGCGACUGUUCCUUUGAUUUACUCGCACCUCCUACCAUAACAAGUGUUCCCGGGGUUGGUCUGUGUGAUCUGUCUGCUAAAACCUGUAAAGAAGCAACAAUUAUAGGGAAAUAUUUCUUUGAAAACAUGAACUCAAUAUGCUAUCUUAAUGUGAAACAGACAAAGAUUAACCAAACAAAAGAGAGUGGGGUCAGACAAUUGAAUUUACAAGAGAGGACACUGUUUGAGGGAUACUGUCCGCUUCCGUACGAUACUACUGACAUCUGGACAACCGAAAUCAAAUUCAACAUCUCCAAUGACGGAGUACGUUAUACAGACACGUAUAAUGUUAUUAUAUACCAAUCUCAGUGCCAGGAGUACCACAACGAAUCAGGAAAUGUGUACUUCACCUUAAAGGAGAAAUUCUGUUACAUUGAUAGUACAUGCAUUAGCCCCAUGCAGAUUAGUUCAACCAACGAGUGUCUUUACUGCAAUGCAACGAAUGAUAAAUACAACUGGACAGAAAGCCAAUCAUGUGGUCAAACAACAAUCGAAAGCAUGCUAACAACAAUAUUACAAGAAUCCACAUCGAAGGGAUCAUCGGAACAAAAUGAAGAGAAAACAACAUCUAUUACCACUAUUGUGAAAGACGAAACAACAUAUACAAAAAUAAUCUCUCCAGUUACAAGUGCAGAGAACGAAUACAUAAAAGUGAACAAAACCCAUCUGAUCGUUGGAGUCUCCACUUCCAUUGUUGGAAUAGUUUUAUUAAUGAUAAUCAUAGGACUGGUAGCCAGAAAAUGUAGCAAAUCAAAUAAUCAUCAAAAAAGCAAACAGGAUGAUGGUGAACCAAUCAGAAACUGGAGAGACCUUGCCUUGGCGGGAAAACAGUACAAUGCCAAUUCCUCCUUAUCCUAUAACAGAAAUCCCUACUUUGCUCGAGCAUCUCUGCAUCACCCCAAUUCUAAUGAAGAAUCUCGUUAUAUAGACUCCAGUAAAUAUCAGAGAUAUUGACAACUUUUGUCUGUUCUUCUUUCUUGCACAUAGACAUUGAUUAUCCUAUUCUUGUGCUAUGUUUUGUAUAUAUUAUUUGCUUUCAAACUGCUUUAAGAGACAUACUGAUACUGUAUUUUAUAACCUUAUAUACACAUGUAUUUGUAUAAUUUGAUAAUUUUAUUGUGAAUGUUAUUUUUCCCUUACCUUAAGAGGAUUGAUAUUUGAAAUUAGAAAUCAUUGUAACAUUCAAAAAAGUAGAUUAAUAACGUUAUCUGUAAUUGCAAAAAUUAAAUUACGUGCAUAUGAACAUCUUGAUAGGUCGUAUAUGUUUCAAGAAUAAGAAGACAAGUUGCUGUCCUUUAAAAAA